AUGUACAUAUAUAUCAAUAAUGAAAUCGAAGAAUUAAUUGAAUGUGCUAAAAAAAUUCCAAUUCUUAAUAAUAAUGAAAAUGGUAAUGAUCAUAAUAAAAGUAUAUCAAAAUUAAUUACAAUUUUUAAAAGUAAACAAAGAUCAAGAUCUUCAUCAUUUUCUCUUGACACAUUAAAUUUUAAUUUAAGUUCAUCAAGUUCAAAUAGUAUUGAAAUUGAUGAUGAAAAUCCAUAUAACACAAAUAAUAAUAAUAAUAGUAAUAAUAAUAAUAAUAAUAAUAAUAAUAAUUGUAAUAAUAGUAAUAAUAGUAAUAAUAAUAAAAAUAUUAAUAGUUUAGAUAAUAUAGAUAUAAAUAAUAAUAAUAAAAAUAAUUUUAAUGAUUGUUCAUCAUAUUCAUCAUUUUCAUCAUCAGAAUGUUUAUCAGAUAUUGGUAAUAGUUGUAUUGAUUCAUUGGAAUUGUUUAGAUUAUCUGAUGAUAUUGAAGAAGAGAGUGAAAUGAUAUUUAAUCAAGUUGGACCAGAUAGAUAUAAUGAUUUGGCAAAUAUUUUUUCAAAAUCUCAUAAAAAUUUAACAAUACUUUUAAAAGAUAUAAAUAGAGAUACAUUGGAUUGUUCUGAAUGUAUCGAUGGGUCAUUAUCUGAUAAUGAAUGGGAGAAAUGUUUAUGUUGUGGUGAUAUUCAUAGUUUGGGUGAUUACAAACAUGUUGAGUGUAUUGGAAAAGGUGGUUAUGGUGUAGUAUGUAAAUUUAUAAAUAAAAAAACCAAUGAAAUUCGUGCAAUUAAAACAAUAAGAAAAGAUUAUAGUGCAUUAAAAGAAAUUAAUACGUUAAAAGAAUUGGGUGGCCAAUUUACUGUAAAUAUAUUUCACACUUUCUUAUCACCUUGCAAAGAGAAGGUGUUGAUUGAAAUGGAGUAUUUAUCCGGUGGCGAUUGUGCCUUCCAUUUAAAUGAUGUUGGUGUUGGCUUCCCGGAAGAAUUAGCAAAACAAUAUACUGCUGAAACUGUUCUGUGUUUAGAUUUUAUUCAUGAAAAAUCAAUAAUACAUUGUGAUAUUAAACCUAAUAAUAUGGUAAUCGAUAGUGAUGGUCAUAUAAAAUUAUUAGAUUUUGGAAAUGCAAAAAAAUUUAAUCAAAAAAAGCCAACUUCAAAUGAUGGUAUACUUGGAUCACCAAGAUAUAUUUCACCAGAAGUUUUAUUAUUUGAACCACAAAGUCCUGCUGUUGAUUAUUGGUCAUUGGGAAUAGUAAUGUUUGAAUUGAUAACUGGAACAACACCAUUUAUCGGUGAAACACCUGAAGAAAUUUUUGAAAGUAUAUUAUCAAGAAACACUGAAUGCAUUGAAAUUCAAAAAGAUGCUAAAGAUUUAAUUAUAAAAUUAUUAGAUCCAAAUCCUUCAACUAGAAUUGGUUCAAAGGAUAUUAAAAAUCACCCAUACUUUAAUGGUAUUAAUUGGGAUACAAUUAAAACAUCCCAACCAAUUUGGAAACCAAACUCAUCAAAUAAUUUUAUUACAAGUAUUAAUGGUUGUUGUAAAUUAAUUAAUUCAUUUUAA